CACGCCGCAAACACGUCUCUCGUUUCACGGUCCGACAGGCUGCACUUUUUGAAGCACCCGUGCCGCGUAGUCGUUCUUUUCAUUGUAAUUUCCGACUCCCCGAAAACAACGACACUCCCCCACAUCACCACCACAAACAAGCAUGGCGGAGCCUGGUGUGGGCGCGCGCAUCCUCGGACGCAUAUUCUACGAGUUCUCCCUCGUGCAGCCCAUGCUGCCCACAUACGCCCACCUCAUAGUCUCCGCGCUCUUCCCCAUCUACGCCGGCGCCCACGCCUCCCUCACCCGGCCGUCCUCCGCCGCGAAACCCACAAAGCGGAAGCACAAAGCGCGAACCGGCGCCGACGAAGAUGAAUCCACUGAAGAAGAGGAGGAAGAGGAGGAGCACAAGAUGGAGGGGCUGGCGCCGACCGACGCUAUCAUGAUGCCGCUGUUUGCGGGAAUCACGCUGGCGGCGCUUUACUUCCUGAUUCAGUGGCUGAAGGACCCCGCUAUUCUGAACAAGAUACUCAAUGGCUACUUUGCGCUGUUUGCCGUCUUCUCGGUGUCCAGGCUGAUUACGGAUGUGCUGGACAUCGGGCACUCGAUCAUUUUCCCGAGGAGAUAUGCGCUCGGCGGCGCAUUGUACCAUGUCCAUGGCAACGAGAAGAAGGCUACGCCGGUUGCAGGGGAUACAAAGGACAAGCAGACUAUACCGUCUCCCCUCCCCGGGUUUCUGGCGAAGCUACCGCUCUCAGAUCGUUGGAGAGAGAUUCUUUGGGCGGACCGCGCUAUGCCUGGGAAUAAGUGGACGCUGCGACUGUAUCUCCACCGCAUCUUCGCUGGAAAGAUGUUGAUUGGGCCGCAUGGAGUCGUUGGCGCUAUCACUGCGGUGCUCGCCGUCGCGUACUUUAACCUGGUCGACAAGCCGUGGUAUCUCACGAAUCUGAUGGGCUUCGGGUUCUCCUACGGCGCGCUGCAAUUGAUGUCGCCGACGACGUUUGCGACGGGGAGCUUGAUACUUGGGGCGCUGUUCUUCUAUGACAUAUACUUUGUCUUCUACACACCCAUGAUGGUAACAGUAGCCAAAUCCCUCGACGUCCCAAUCAAGCUCGUCUUCCCUCGUCCCGCUCCCGCCGACGAACCCUCCGCAAAGGCCCAACACGCAAUGCUCGGCCUCGGCGACGUCGUGCUCCCAGGCAUCAUGAUCGGCCUCGCCCUCCGCUUCGACUUGUUUCUCUUCUAUCUGCGCCGCCAGACACGUACACAAGCUGUGGAAGGAUCAGACGAAACUGUAGUCAAGCCAAAGUAUUUCUCGCUUGCCGGACGCUGGAGCGACCACUUCUGGACGCAUUCCCUCACAGGCCGCCCACUCUUCCCUACAGCAGACGAGAGUAAACCUGAGCCGCCGUUUACGUUCCCGAAAACAUACUUCAAGGCUAGUCUGAUCGGAUAUGUGAUUGGCAUGCUGGCUACACUGGGAGUUAUGCAAGUCUGGGGCCAUGCGCAACCGGCGCUGCUAUACCUCGUGCCGGGCGUGCUGGGCAGCUUGUGGUUGACGGCGCUAGUCAGGGGAGAAAUCGGCUUGAUGUGGCGGUUCAGCGAAGCGACCGAAGAAGAAGAGGAAUCCGCCAGCAAGGAAGAUGGAAAAACAAAGGCGAAAGCAAGCGCCGAGCGAUCAAGCUUCUUCUCCUUCUUCUCCGACAAGAAGAGCCAGGAGCGUGAAGCACGCAUGAAGGAUGCGUUGCGGAAACAUGUCUCGUACGAUGGCGAAUCCGAAGACGAUGCGGAUGCCAGCAGCAAGGAGAAGAAGGACAAAGUCAGAGAGAUGGCUGGUCAUAGAUCGGAGAGAGAGGUCUUCUCCUUUUCUAUCGAGGCUCCGUGGACGCUGAAGCAUCCGCGAUCCGUCCGCCGGGGAAGCUCGCAUCAGGAGCCGAAGGAGGAAGAGGAGGAACAAUCGCCGCUGGAGAAAGAUAAACCUAACUGGGCACCUCCGCCAACUGAGACGAAGGCCGUAGAGCCGUCCGGGAAGCGUGUACGGCUGACUUAGGGGCUUGAUGGUAGACGCUGUCAUUGGUAUUGGUAUUUCACGGGAUGCAUGGAUGGUGAGCAGGGCUAUAUCACCUAUGGCGCCGCUCGACCUUAGGCGUUCACGGCUCGCCAUGGAGUUAUUUCUCGGACAGGGACGAGAGGUCCCUCUUGCAUGACUUAUGGCAUAGCGGGCAUAGCGACGGCGUUAAUUCACAUAUCGAAGUAAUCAAAUCUUCACGCUCAGAGCAC